CGAAGACUCUUCCAAGAAGGCACUCGACUCCGACUCCGACAAUGUCACACCGAAAAUGGGAACACCCUCGUCACGGUUCUACUGGAUUUCUGCCAAGGAAAAGGGCAGCCCGACACCGCGGUAAAGUCAAAUCUUUCCCCCGAGAUGACAAGACCAAGCCUGUCCACCUCACUGCCAUGCUUGGUUACAAGGCCGGCAUGACUCACAUCGUCCGUGAACUUGAGAGACCCGGUUCCAAGAUGCACAAGCGAGAAGUCGUCGAAGCCGUCACGAUCAUCGAAACCCCACCUAUGGUCAUCGUCGGUGUUGUUGGAUACGUCGAGACUCCUCGUGGUCUCCGUUCUCUUACUACCGUCUGGGCCGAGCAUUUAUCCGACGAAGUCAAACGUCGCUUUUACAAAAACUGGUACAGGUCGAAGAAGAAAGCCUUCACCAAGUAUGCCAAGAAGCACGCCGAGUCCUCAACCGGCUCCAUUGCCCGAGAAUUGGAACGUAUUCGCAAGUACUGCACUGUUGUUCGAGUUCUCGCCCACACUCAAAUCCGCAAGACUGGUCUCAAGCAAAAGAAGGCCCAUCUUAUGGAAAUCCAAGUCAACGGUGGAUCAGUUGCUGACAAAGUCGACUUCGCCAAAUCUCACUUCGAGAAAACUUUCGAUGUAUCCUCUAUCUUCGAGCAAGAUGAGAAUAUCGAUGUCAUUGCUGUCACCAAGGGUAAGGGUUUCGAGGGUGUAACCCAUCGAUGGGGAACCAAGAAACUUCCGAGGAAGACACACAAGGGUCUUCGUAAAGUCGCUUGUAUUGGUGCUUGGCAUCCAUCGAAGGUCAUGUUCACCGUUGCCCGUGCUGGUCAAAACGGUUACCAUCACCGAACUGAGCUCAACAAGAAGGUUUUCCGAGUCGGUAAAGGUGGCGAUGAAGCCAACGCUACUACUGAAUUUGAUACCACCAAGAAGGCCAUCACUCCUAUGGGUGGUUUCGUCCGAUACGGUGUUGUCAACAAUGACUUCCUUAUGCUAAAGGGAUCUGUACCUGGUGUCAAGAAACGUGUCAUCACACUGCGAAAGUCGCUCAUGACUCACACUUCCCGAAGGGAUUUAGAGAAGAUUCACCUCAAAUUCAUCGAUACUUCUUCCAAAUUCGGUCACGGUCGUUUCCAAACUGCCGCCGAGAAGUCCGCUUUCAUGGGUCAACUCAAAAUCCGGUCGUGAACAGAUUGUACUUGAUCUAUGCAAUUCUAUCUUCAUGCCACACUUCUUUAUACUCUCUAUUGCCUACUAUGUCGCACUAUUACCCUUGAUCACCGUCGUGAAUUUGUGCAAGUUGACCUUACAUUGCCCAUUAUUCUUCUGAGAUCCUCAGAGUUCAUUAGCCGUUGUCUAUCAAUGAUGCAAUGUCACGAAAAGCUUGAACCUG